AUUCACUUGUCUGCGGAGUGCCAGGGCCAUGUUGAAGAUGUCUGGCCUGAACAUUUCACGUUGAUUGAAUUAGAGACCUCUUCGCCGGGUUAUCUAUAUAGGCCGCCUAGACGCUGACUUGUACCCUCUGGGAUCCGGCUACGUCCCUGAAAUUGACAGUGUCCAUGACAUAUCAGUUGGCACGAAGAGGGGAUCCGACGAACUCUUUUCUUCCUGCAUAUCCAACGGGCCCUAUAUCAUGAGCUCAGCCAAUGGCAACGACAGCAAAAAAUUCAAAGGUGACGUACGCAGUCCCGGUGUCCCGUCACGUGUGGUCCACGUCCGCAAGCUGCCCAACGACAUAAAUGAGGCUGAGGUUAUUGGACUAGGACUGCCCUUUGGGAAGGUCACUAAUCUGCUGAUGCUGAAAGGGAAAAACCAGGCAUUCUUGGAACUGAACAGCGAGGAGUGUGCACAGACGAUGGUGAGCUACUAUUCCUCUGUUACCCCUGUCAUCAGAAACCACCCCAUUUAUAUGCAGUACUCGACCCAUAAGGAGCUCAAGACGGACAACUCCCCCAACCAAGUGCGUGCCCAGGCAGCUCUGCAGGCAGUCAAUGCACUGCACGGAGGUGGGAUGGGAAGCAUGGCCAUUCCUGCAGACGCCAGUAGCCUUGGUGGAGCAACAACCCAAAGCCCUGUCCUCAGAGUGAUCGUGGAAAACCUCUUCUACCCCGUCACCCUGGACGUUUUACACCAGAUUUUCUCUAAGUUUGGCACUGUGCUGAAGAUCAUCACCUUCACCAAGAACAACCAGUUCCAAGCUCUGAUCCAGUAUGCUGAUGGCAUGACAGCCCAGCAUGCUAAACUGUCUCUGGAUGGGCAGAACAUCUACAAUGCCUGCUGUACCCUCAGAAUCAGCUUCUCCAAGCUCACCAGCCUUAAUGUUAAGUACAACAAUGACAAAAGCAGAGACUACACCCGACCCGACCUCCCAACUGCAGACUCACAGCCUUCCAUCGACCACCAGACCAUGGCAGCUGCUGCAUUUGCUGCUCCAGGCAUAAUCUCAGCCUCUCCCUAUGGUGGAGCCCAUGCCUUUCCACCAACCUUUGCUAUCCAGCAGACAGCAGGUCUGUCCGUGCCUGGUAUUCCCAGUGCCCUGGCAUCCCUGGGCGUGAGCCAUGGAGGCAUGGCGGCUGCAGCAGCAGCAGCCAGCCGACUCGGCCUGUCAGGGCUCGCUCCCUCUGCAGGAAACAAUGUCUUAUUGGUCAGCAAUCUGAACCCUGAGAGCGUUACGCCACACUGCCUCUUUAUUCUUUUCGGUGUGUAUGGCGACGUGAUGAGAGUGAAGAUCCUGUUCAAUAAAAAGGAGAAUGCUCUGAUCCAGAUGUCUGAUAGCACACAGGCUCAGCUAGCCAUGAGCCACCUGAGCGGCCAGCGUCUUCAUGGCAGGGACAUGCGUGUGACAUUUUCCAAACACACCACCGUGCAGCUGCCCAGAGAAGGCCACGAGGACCAGGGCCUCACGAAGGACUACAGCAACUCACCGCUGCAUCGUUUCAAGAAACCAGGCUCAAAAAAUUACUCCAACAUCUUCCCACCCUCUGCAACACUCCACCUCUCCAACAUACCGCCUUCUGUGGUGGAGGACGACCUCAGGAGGCUUUUUGCCAGCUCAGGAGCCACAGUCAAAGCCUUCAAAUUCUUUCAAAAGGACCGCAAGAUGGCCCUGAUCCAGAUGGGCUCAGUGGAAGAGGCGAUCGAGUCCCUCAUCGAGUUCCACAACCAUGAUCUGGGAGAGAACCACCACCUUCGAGUGUCCUUCUCAAAGUCCACCAUCUGAGUGCCUUUUCUUCCUCCCUCCAAGCCUGUUGCCACCUAAAUGCUACCUUUUUCCAAGGUUGCCGUCAGUGAAAACAGGCACAUUACACAUUUAUGGCAAUGGUUCUUUAUAGGAUGUUGCUCCCCUUGCCUCUGCUGUUACCUACACCCCAAAAUUAAUCUCUUUUGCUGUAAAAUCUUAAAACAUUUCUGCCAUUGAUUCUUAUUUUGAUAUCUAAUAAGAGAAGUAAAUAUGAGAUUUUUGGGUGUCAGAAGUUUUCAAAUCAAAUUCAGGAGCGGUACUCUAUCAUUUAUUCAUGUUGUAAGAGGAGUCCUCUUGCCCUGCAGAAAUUGAUUUUUUGUUUGUGUAACUCUAGUUUGACAUGCUCACAUGAGCAGCUGCAUGACAUGAACUCGUAUCCUCUUGAAAAAAAGGUCCAGACUUGAUUAAUCAGUUCAAUCAAAGCGGGUAUUUUUCUGAUUAAACCCCUACUUUAAACAGUUGGAUGUAAUGUCAGUAUAUUACUUUUUAUUUUCAGUUAAUUGGCAUAAAUAAUUUGAUCUUUAAUGAACUUUUAAGUGGGGUUACAGGGAACAGGCAGCAUUCUCUAAAGAACCAUUCUGUCAUUAUUUUGGAGGGCGAGUACAGGCAGUCGAUGAACAGUCACUUUAGACCAAAUCGCUUAAACACCCUCCACCAUGGAUGUAUGCUUACAUGAAUGGAUCACAUCCAUACCAGACACACUUCAGCAUUCCUUGUACUAUGAUAGUCGUGUGGAUAUAUCUGUGUGUGCCUUUUUCCUCUAAAGCCACUUUGAACCUGUUUGGCCAGUCGGAAACGGUUUGACACAAAGGAUUUUUUUUUUUUUUUUUUUUUUUUUUUUUAUUCUGGCCCACAGAAAUUUAUUUCCCUAGUUAUCCAUUUAUUUCCUUCUCUCUUGUAAGACGCAUUUGCUUUAGGGGAUCCGUACCACUAUAUUCAGUGAGGACACCAUUUUCUUUCUUCAUCCACAGCCUUGUGCCUUACUUUGCCCCAGCUAUGUUGCAUAAAGCAUCGCUCAGGCUUCAUUUGGACAGGAUGUGGCUCUUAAAUGCCCCUUUUUUUUAACCACACCUUUUGGUAUAAACCAGCAUUGUAAAAACACAGGAACUGCUUUAGUUUUACUUAACAACACAAAUGUUUAUCUUUUGUUUUGUAUGCAUAUAUCCCCCAUUUAUGUAUGUAGAAACUAUGAAUGUAAGUCAGUUAGAUGCCUUAUAUUUUUUAGGUGGUGUAGUUCUGUUAGGUGUAUUGUGGCACAAGUUGAGCGGUAUCCAGCCCUCCUGUCUUACAGUCCCCUCACCUCUUUUUAGUCCUCUCUGUAGGGUGUUAGGGGGCCUCAUUUAACCAUAUUAUGUUCAUCUAUAUAUGAACACAUAUAUAUUCAUUUAUCUUUUCUUUAAAUGUUAGCAUUUACACGUGUAUCACUUCGAAGCUUAACUGAUCGAGUAUGUAGUGGCUGGGUUUGACCGUUACCAGUGCCUUGACUCCUUUUUAGGCUUAAACACCCUCUGGCCUUGUUAGUUGACUGUUUACCUCUCGUUCAGGUGUUCUAUCGUUCUUGUCUGCAAAGAUGCCUUUAUUCCAUUUUUAUUCAGGUAAACCUACCUGUGAGAGGGCAGCUUGGAGGCAUUUGUCAACUGAAAGUACCAACGUUCUUUGACUGUACCUACAAACCCAGUUUAUCUUUUGCUUAACAGGAUUUCAGGGUGAGAAAAGCCUUCACCCACUCCCUGUCUGUGUCUACUUACAUCACAGUCGGGUUGUUUUAGUGCACUUUUCCUCAAUGAUAGGUCCAAGUUGGCACCAUCACGCUGAAGUCUUAAACGUUGUCACAUUCCUGCGUGCCUCAAGCACCAGUUUCCACAACCUGGACCGCUUUAGUUUUGGACCAGAUACAGACACUCUGUCUCUAUUUUUGUAAAAGAUUAAUAUGCAUGGUGUAACAAAGCUUCAUGUAGCUACAGAUGGUUAUUGCUGUUAAGGACCAAAGUAUCUUCUACCCCUGCUGUUUUGUGGUGUUGUGAUUUUAUAAAGAUUUUUUUCCACAUUCCUUCUAUCCUACAAACACACAAGGCUUCGAUUUCCUUUGUCUUCAGUCACAUGGAUGCCUUGGACAAGUCGCAUGAAAUUGAAAUGUUUGGUUUCAGCCUUUACUGUAUAAUGUAUCCCUUUUUGUUUGACUUGACAAAGAGCCUACUUUGGUAGAGAUUGCCUUAGAAUGGAGACUUAAUUGAACCACAGUCCUAGCUGUAAUGUUGACUGUGUAGAUUAUAUGCCUUUCCAUUUUUGUUUAAAGCUUUUAUUUUCCUUUUUUAUAUGGGGGUGGGGUGGGGUUAUUGUAUGAAGCGGGGUUGAUGGUUGUACAUAUUCAUGUUUUUGUACCACAAAUUGAUUUGGAUUAUUUCCACUUACAAAACAUGUAUAUUUUGAUAAAAACAAUACAGACCUAUUAGGCUCUUCUGAGCUGUAAAAACAGAAAAAAGCCUUUUUGUAACACAAAGAUAUUAAACUAUCUGAACACACAAGUGUCUCUGUAUGUGCCCCGCUCCCCCCCUUUGCCAUUCUGUUCUUGUCUCUUGCAUCUUCUGCUGCCUUCAAUAAAUCUUUAGUUUGUUCCUUCUUUCA